AUGUCGAAAAACCUCGUUGUCUUUGGCGGAAACGGAUUCCUUGGACGACACAUUUGCAAGCAGGCCCUCUCCAAGGGAUGGGCAGUCACUUCCAUCUCUCGAUCUGGACCUCCCAAGAACGCCGAGAGCUGGAUGUCCAAGGUCCAAUGGAAGCGAGCUGACGUCUUUGAGCCCUCUACAUACACCAACGAGCUAGAGAAGGCGUCGGCAGUGAUUCACUCAAUGGGAAUCUUGCUGGAGGGCGGCAACUACAAGCAGGGACUUAACGGAGGAGUUAAAGACGCCCUGUGUGGUCUCGUCAAGGGCUCCAAUCCUAUGGCCAAGGACCCAAACUUUUCCUACGACAAAAUGAACAGAUUGAGCGCAGUUCUGACGGCAACAGCAUUUGCCGACACUGUUCCGAUGGACGAGAGAAAGCCCUACGUCAUGGUGUCUGCCGAGAAGACCAGCAAUCUCAUCCCCGAUGGAUAUAUCACCUCCAAACGAAUGGCAGAGACCGAAAUCUCCGACCUCACCAACCUCAGAUCGGUGUUCCUGCGACCCGCAUUCAUGUACGAGUCUUCCGGGGACCGUCAAUUUGGCAUUCACAAGUCUACACCUCGAGACGCUCUUGCCGAGGCUUUAAAGGUCGGAUUCGGCGCCCAGACCGUUGCUCGAUCCUUCUUCCCUGCUCUUCCACAGUUCAUCCAGCCUCCUCUCAGUGUCAACGUUGUUGCGGAGGCAGCGGUAGAUGCUCUGAAUGAGGACAUCGAGGGAGUCAUUGCCCUGGCUGCUCUCAAACGAUUUAGUGACUCCAAAAGUAGAAACUAA